UCUUUCUCUCCUCCGCCCAGAUUCAGAGAGAGAGUUUCGGCAGAAAGUGUUUCUCUCUCUAGAACGAAAAAAUGGUUUUCGGGAGCGAGAUUCCGGUGCAACAAGGAAUCCUCCUCCUCCUCCUUCUUCUUCUUAUUCUUUCGGUAGUUUCCGGCGGUGCGGUGGCGGAGUGCAAUUUCUUCGCCGGAAGUUGGGUGGUGGACGAGACGUAUCCGCUGUACACGGCGGCGGGUUGCCCCUUCGUGGAGCACGAGUUCAGCUGCGUCAAAAAUGGCCGUCCCGAUUUAGGGUACACCAAGUACAGGUGGCAGCCGCUCCACUGUCAGUUAUCCAGGUUUGAUGGAAAGCUUUUCUUAGAGAAAUUAAUAGGAAAAAGUAUAAUGUUUGUGGGAGAUUCACUUAGUCGGAAUCAAUGGCAAUCUUUGACAUGCAUGCUUCACUCUGUUGUACCAGAUUCACCUUACACUGUAACAAGAGUUGGAGAUAUUUCCACGUUCACUUUUACGGAAUAUGAAGUGAAGGUGAUGUUAAAUAGAAAUGUAUUUCUAGUAGACGUUGUGAAAGAAGAGAUUGGGAGAGUGUUGAAGUUGGACUCUAUCGAAAGAUCGGCGAAGUUAUGGAAAGACGUUGACUUUUUCAUUUUCAACACUUGGCAUUGGUGGAACCGCAGAGGACCUUCUCAACCUUGGGAUUAUAUCCAAAUAGGGAAAGAAGUGUUGAAAGAUAUGGAUAGAAUGGUGGCCUUUGAGAAGGCUCUCACAACUUGGGGAACAUGGGUUGAUCUCAACAUUGAUCCUACAAAAACUAUGGUCUUUUUCCAAGGAAUUUCUCCAUCCCAUUACAAUGGAACUCUGUGGGGAGAACCAAGAGCAAAGAGCUGCGCCGGGCAGAGGCAACCGGUGGCCGGCUCCGUGUAUCCCGGCGGGUCGCCGCCAGCCGUGGCGGUGCUGAAGGGGGCAUUAGCUAAAAUCACCAAGCCCGUUCACCUUCUAGACGUGACAGACCUAUCACUGCUGAGGAAAGAUGGGCAUCCCUCCAACUAUGGCUUAGGUGGCCCAAUCGGAUUGGACUGUAGCCACUGGUGCCUUGCCGGUGUUCCUGACACUUGGAACGUCAUACUUUACAAUCUCAUUAUUUAAAACCCCCCAAUUUUUAUUACAUAAAUUUGGAAAUAUUAAUUUUCCUUAUUAUUUUAUUUUCUUAUUACAAGUUUACAGCACACAAGAAUUUGGAUGGAAUUAGGGGAAAUUGAUGUCUUUGAAAGUGCACUUUUUUUAGUCCAAAGGGAUACAAUAAAGAGAUGUGUGUUUGCUUUUA